AUGUCCACCGAAGAGAUCGAGGACAUCUUCCUCGACUUGACACAGAAGUUUGGUUUCCAGCGAGAUUCUAUGCGGAAUAUGUUCGACUUCCUUAUGCAACAACUCGACUCUCGGGCAUCUCGGAUGACCCCUAACCAAGCACUCCUUACCCUCCACGCUGAUUACAUUGGCGGUCAAAAUGCCAACUAUCGCAAGUGGUACUUCGCUGCCCAACUUAACCUCGACGAUGCUGUCGGACAGUCCCAGAAUCCUGGUCUGCAACGGCUUAAGAGCAUAGGAGGGAAGGGCGCACCGAAAACAGCCGGCACGAAGUCGCUCGAUAGCGCGCUGAACCGAUGGCGGAACGCUAUGAAUAAUAUGAGCCAGUACGAUCGGCUGCGUCAGGUAGCCCUGUACCUGCUGUGUUGGGGUGAGGCUGGAAACGUACGCUUCGUCCCGGAGUGCUUGUGUUUCAUCUUCAAGUGCGCGGAUGACUACUACCGUAGCUCAGAGUGUCAGAACAGAGUUGAGCCUGUUCGCGAGGGUCUCUAUCUCGAAACCAUCAUCAAGCCUCUUUACCGAUUCAUGAGGGAUCAAGGCUAUGAGGUCGUGGACGGAAAGUUCGUCCGGAAGGAGAAGGACCAUGACCAGAUCAUUGGUUACGACGAUAUCAACCAGCUGUUCUGGUACCCCGAAGGCAUUGCAAGGAUCGUCCUGGACAACAACUCCCGUUUAGUGGAUCUUCCUGCACCACAGCGUUUCAUGAAGCUCGGGCGUGUAGAUUGGAAUCGCGUGUUCUUCAAGACCUACUUUGAAAAGCGGUCUACUGCACAUCUCUUGGUCAACUUCAACCGCAUCUGGAUUCUCCACAUUGCGGUAUUCUGGUUUUACACGGCAUAUAACUCGCCGAGAGUGUACGCUCCUCAUGACAAGCAAUUCCCAUCCGCCCCGAUGACUUGGUCCGCGACUGCCUUGGGCGGCGCAGUCGCCACGUUAAUCAUGAUCUUCGCCACUUUGGCGGAGUAUACUUACAUCCCCACAACUUGGAAUAACGCUUCGCACUUGACCACCAGGUUGUUCUUCUUGUGCAUAGUCCUGGCGCUUACUGGAGGUCCUACAAUCUACAUCGCGAAAGUCGACGGGUUACCGACCCCAAACCAGAUACCAUUGAUUCUGGGCGUCGUCCAGUUCGGUAUAUCUGUCGUAGCGACUAUCGCCUUCGGUAUUAUCCCUUCGGGUCGGAUGUUCGGUGAUCGUGUUGCUGGGAAGUCCCGCAAGUACAUGGCUUCUCAGACGUUCACUGCAUCCUAUCCGGAACUGCCGCGAGGUGCUCGUACUGCGUCAAUCCUGCUCUGGGUUCUUGUCUUCGGGUGCAAGUUUACGGAGUCGUAUUUCUUCCUGACGGAGUCAUUCAGCAGUCCCAUCGCUGUCAUGGCUCGUACCAAGGUUCAGGGGUGCAAUGAUAAGUAUUUUGGGAACGCGCUCUGCACGAACCAGGUUCCUUUCACGUUGGCGAUCAUGUAUGUCAUGGACGUCAUCCUGUUCUUCUUGGACACGUACAUGUGGUACAUCAUGUGGAACGUGGUGUUCAGUAUCUUCCGGAGCUUCUCGUUGGGUCUGUCUAUCUGGACUCCGUGGCAAGAGGUCUACACUCGGAUGCCCAAGCGGAUAUACGCCAAGUUGCUUGCUACCGGUGAGAUGGAGGUCAAAUAUAAGCCAAAGGUAUUGGUAUCGCAAGUCUGGAACGCUAUCAUUAUCUCCAUGUAUCGCGAGCAUCUACUUUCUAUCGACCACGUUCAACGUCUUCUGUAUCACCAGGUUGACGGUCCAGACGGCAAGCGUACUCUGCGCGCUCCUCCUUUCUUCACCAACAAUGAUGGCAACAGCGGGAAGUUCCUGCCUGCUGGAGGUGAAGCGGAGCGGCGUAUCUCCUUCUUUGCUUCGUCUUUGACGACUGCCCUUCCCGACCCUCUGCCUGUCGACGCGAUGCCCACUUUUACCGUGCUGGUCCCUCAUUACUCAGAGAAGAUUCUGUUGAGUCUCAGGGAGAUCAUUCGUGAAGAGGAUCAGAAUACCCGUGUCACUUUGCUGGAGUACUUGAAGCAGCUUCAUCCGGUGGAGUGGGAUAAUUUCGUUAAGGACACUAAGAUCCUGGCAGAAGAGUCGAGCUUCAGUGACACCACAAGCAGUCCAUUCGGAACACAAAACGAGAAGCGGGGCAGCAAAGCAGAUGAUCUACCCUUCUACUGCAUUGGAUUCAAGACCGCGGCGCCUGAGUACACUCUCCGCACGCGUAUCUGGGCAUCACUUCGUGCUCAGACCCUUUACCGCACGGUGUCUGGGAUGAUGAAUUAUGCGAAGGCGAUCAAGCUCUUGUACCGCGUUGAGAAUCCGCAGAUUGUGCAGAUGUUCGCCGGCAACACUGAGCGCCUGGAGCGGGAGCUUGAGCGCAUGUCCAGGCGCAAGUUCAAGUUCGCCAUCUCCAUGCAGAGGUACUCAAAGUUCAACAAGGAGGAAAUGGAGAACGCGGAGUUCUUGUUGCGCGCAUAUCCUGACUUGCAGAUCGCGUACCUCGAUGAAGAAGUCGGUCCGAAGGGCUCGGAACCCAAGAUCUACUCUGCUCUGAUAGACGGCCAUUCCGAGAUCGACGAAAAGACUGGAAAGAGGAAGCCGAAGUUCCGCGUCGAGCUGCCCGGUAACCCUAUCCUCGGUGAUGGUAAAUCAGACAACCAGAACCAUGCCAUCAUCUUCUAUAGGGGUGAAUAUCUCCAGCUUAUCGAUGCCAACCAGGACAACUACCUGGAGGAAUGUAUCAAGAUCCGGAAUAUCUUGGGUGAAUUCGAGGAAUAUUCCAUCUCGCAGCAGAGUCCCUAUGCGCAGUGGGGACACAAGGAGUUCAAGAAAUCCCCAGUUGCUAUCAUAGGUACUCGGGAGUACAUUUUCUCGGAAAAUAUCGGUGUGCUGGGUGAUAUUGCUGCCGGCAAAGAACAGACUUUCGGUACCAUGACUGCCCGCGCUCUCGCUUGGAUUGGUGGGAAGCUGCAUUACGGCCACCCUGACUUCUUGAAUGCGAUCUUCAUGAAUACUCGAGGAGGUGUCUCCAAGGCUCAGAAGGGUCUGCACUUGAACGAGGAUAUCUUCGCUGGUAUGAACGCUUUCGGUCGUGGUGGACGCAUCAAGCAUUCGGAGUACUACCAGUGUGGUAAAGGUCGGGAUCUCGGUUUUGGGACCAUUCUCAAUUUCCAGACCAAGAUCGGUACGGGUAUGGGUGAGCAACUGCUGAGUCGAGAGUACUACUACCUGGGCACCCAAUUGCCGCUCGAUCGUUUCUUGACGUUCUACUACGGUCACCCUGGUUUCCACAUCAACAACAUUCUCGUCAUCUAUUCUAUCCAGGUGUUCAUGGUGACAUUACUGUUCAUUGGCACUCUGAACAAGCAAUUGUCCAUUUGCCAGGUGGAUUCGGAUGGGAAUGUGCUUGGCGGGCAACCUGGAUGCUAUAAUCUCAUACCCGUGUUUGACUGGAUCAAGCGCUGCAUAGUAUCCAUCUUCUUGGUGUUCUUCAUCGCUUUCUUGCCUCUGUUCUUGCAAGAACUGGUGGAACGCGGAACCGGAUCGGCCCUAAUACGUCUUGGGAAACAUUUCUUGUCUCUCUCGCCGUUUUUCGAAGUGUUCUCCACACAGAUCUAUUCGCAAGCAGUGCUCAGCAAUUUGACAUACGGUGGCGCUCGAUACAUUGCGACUGGUCGUGGAUUUGCGACUACGCGCAUAUCUUUUGCCACCCUAUACUCCAGGUUCGCGGGACCAAGUAUAUAUAUGGGUAUGCGGAACCUGUUGCUGUUGCUGUACUCUUCUCUGGCACUCUGGAUCCCGCAUCUCAUCUACUUCUGGUUCUCCGUUCUCUCGCUGUGUAUCGCGCCUUUCCUGUUUAACCCCCACCAGUUCUCCUUCGCCGACUUCGUCAUUGACUACAGAGAGUUUCUUCGGUGGAUGUGUCGAGGAAAUUCACGGACGAAGGCAAGCAGCUGGUAUGGAUACUGCCGUCUAUCACGUACCAUGAUUACGGGUUACAAGAAGAAGAAACUGGGGCACCCCUCUGAGAAACUCUCCGGAGACGUACCCCGAGCGAGCUGGAGAUCUGUCAUCUUCGCUGAAGUCAUCUGGCCGAUCUGCGUCGCCACCAUCUUCGUCAUCGCAUACAUGUUCGUUAAGUCGUUCCCUGACCGCAAUGGCAAUCCCAAUCCUAGCCCUCUCAUUCGUAUUGGUGUCGUCUCAAUUGGCCCUGUGGUUUGGAAUGCCGCUGUCCUCUUGAGCUUGUUCUUCAUCUCCUUAUUCAUGGGGCCCAUGCUUGAGGGCUGGGCGAAGUUCGCCUCUGUCAUGGCGGCGACGGCGCACUUGCUUUGUCUCAUCGGCUACGUAGCCUUCUUCGAGUUCUUCUGGUUCCUGGAACUUUGGGAUGUCUCACACGCUGUCCUCGGUGUUAUUUGUAUCAUUGCCAUCCAGCGUGCCAUCCAGAAGAUCUUAAUAGCCGUCUUCUUAUCCCGAGAGUUCAAGCAUGACGAAACUAAUCGUGCUUGGUGGACGGGCAAGUGGUAUGGCCGUGGCCUGGGUUCAUCUGCGAUGUCACAGCCGGCUCGUGAAUUCAUUGUCAAGAUCGUGGAGAUGUCUCUAUGGAGCUCCGACUUCCUCCUUGGACACAUCCUCCUGGUCAUCUUGACCCCUCCCGUACUCAUCCCGUACUUCGAUAGACUGCAUUCCACUAUGCUCUUCUGGCUACGUCCCUCGAAGCAAAUCCGCCCCCCUCUCUUCUCAACGAAGCAGAAGCGUCAGAGACGAUGGAUCAUCAUCAAGUACAGCUUCGCAUACAUCAUCGCAGUUGGCGCCAUCGCUGCCUUGAUCGUUCUACCCUCCCUCUUCCGGGAUGACAUCACGUUUAACUGCACUGUCUGUUCGAAUAUCUAA